AUGGACGCAGAAGUCGAGAAAUUUGUUCGAAAUUGCAGAGGAUGUACCCUCGUAGCAGCACCGGAUCCACCGGAGCCUAUGUGUAGAAGUCAGCUUCCCACAACACCAUGGCAAUCACUGGCGCUUGAUUUUCUAGGCCCUUUACCCGAUGGCCAACAUCUGCUAGUGGUGAUUGACUGUUUUAGUAGGUUUAUGGAAAUCUGCGAGAUGAACACCAUAACAUCGAAGGAUGUUAUCCGCGAACUAAGAAUCAUGUUUAGCAGAUACGGAGUUCCUUCAGUUAUUAAAGCAGAUAAUGCGCCUCAGUUGAGUGCUGAGUGCGUGGAUUUUAAUAAAUUCUGUAGUGAUCACGGCAUCAAAAUAGUGAAUACUAUACCUUAUUGGCCCCAAGCCAAUGGCGAAGUCGAACGCCAAAAUCGCUCCAUCCUGAAACGAUUGAAAAUCUCUCAAGAACUAGGGAAAGAUUGGAGAGCAGAACUUCGUACUUACUUACUGACCUAUCAUGCUACAAGACAUCCCACGACGGGUAAAUCUCCGGGUGAAUUAAUGUUUGCCCGAAGAAUUAAAACGAAGCUACCGUCACUCACAGAUUUUCGAGAAGACGAGGAAGUUAUGGAUCGUGACGCUCUUGUAAAAGCUAAAGGGAAAGAAUACAGCGAUAGCAAAAGACGAGCCAAAGAGAGUACUAUUUUCGUGGGUGACCACGUUUUGAUUAAACGAAUGAAAAAGAAUAAUAAGUUGGAAACUGAAUAUGCUAAUGAAGAGUAUGUUGUAUGUGAAAAGAAAGGAACAGAUACAACAGUGAAAUCGUUACACACUGGGAAAGAAUAUCGUCGCAGUUCAGCUCAUUUGAAAAAGAUUUUCCGAGAUAAUCAAGAUUCUGAUAACAGUUCUCGCCAAGAAGAAACUAAUGAAUUAGUAUCUGCCGAAAAGGAUGCGGAAAACAACAACUAUGUGUUAGAACCAUUAUCACAAGACAACCACAAUAAGACCACCUCAACAACAGAACCAAAAAGAAUAAGACAACAACCGGCAAAGUUUAAUGAUUAUAUUCCACAUUAA